AUGCGCAGCUCCGGCGGCGCGGCCGCACCCCGCGCACGGGCGGACGCGUCCCGGAACCCUCAGCGCGGCCCGGCCCCGGCGGCCCGAGCCGGCCCCCAGCGCCGUCGAGCCGCCUCCGCCCUCUGCGCCCCUCCACGCAGGCUGCAGCGGCGACGGAGAGCGGGACGCGCGGCGCCGAGCCCCGAAAAUAACAACCUGCCGCCGCGGUCCCUGCCCCGGCUUUUCCCGCGUUACAUUUCGCGCCUGGGCGGAGCCAGUCACCGCGAGGCCCCUGCCCGCUGGCCGCGGCGGCGAGUGACAGGCCGCGCGAGCCAAUGGCCGCGCCCGGCCUGCCUUCCAGCGGGGCGGGGCGGGGCCGGCGGCGCGCGGGUCCUGGCCGCCGCGCCAUUGGCCGCCGCGCUCGUGUUUUUUUCCGCCUGGAGGGCCAACUGCGUUCGAAACUCCGGGCGGCGCGCGCCGUCGGCGCUGGCCGGUCGCCCGCUGGAGCCCCGCCCCCGGCCCCGCGCGGGCGGUCAGCGCGGCCGCCGGCCGGAGAGGGCCCGCCGGCGGCUGUGGGCCGCUCUUCCCGCGCGCCGGGAGUUUAAAGGGCUGCGGCCCGAGGCCUGCCUGCCGCGCGAGGUGCCAGCGGACGCCGGCGGCGCGGCUGCCCAGCUGUCGCACUCGCUGUGUCCCGGCUCCGCCCGCGCCCGCCGCCUCCACCGGGCUGGGGGCUUCAGCCCCGGCCGUCGCCUCCCCGCCUCGCUUUCCCGUCUGUGUAAAGCGGGGUCGUUAGGAAGUGGUCUCCGCCGCCCCUGUGCUGCUCGGGCGCCGAGGGGACAGGAACGCGGGCGUGCGCCCGCCCUCGCCCGGGGCCACCCCCGGCGUCCGCACCGGCGUGGAGCUCCGGGGCCGCCGGGUGCGGUCGUUCCACGCUGUGCGUCGCCCUCGCCCGGGGACCCCAGCCCGCACCGGAGGGGUGGCUGCUGGACGGCCCGGGAGCCGCAGCCUGACAGUCGCCCGCCGCGCGCCCGCGGGGCUCGGAAGCACGGCCGGCGGAGGACGCGGCGAGGUGGAGCGGCGGCCGCGCUCGCUGCAGCGACGGACGUGGCCGUGUCUGUGUUGUUCUUGGUUGUGUUGCCGCGACCUGGCCUGACUCGUGGUGGGCCUUCGAUCAGUAGUAGCUGAGUGAAUGAAUGAAUAUCCAGCAGGCCUCAGAGUACAAGAUGAAUCAUUCAGAACCAGGACACUGACUUUCUGCUUCUAAAAAUUACUCUUCAUCAACAGUAACCUGGCAACUGCACUUGCUCGCCACCACAAGAGAAUGAAAGACAUGCCAAGAAUGUGCAAGGUGGGCAGAGGGUGAUUCCAGGAGAAGCGCUGAGGUCAUGCAAGAUCUGCUUGUUUGGCUCCAUUUUAAUGCAACCAGGAUGCUGAACUAGUUGUUACAAGAAAGAGAUGGACUUCAGGAGAGAAUUGGCCAGUCUGCAAGCAGAAAUGAAAGGUAAUGUUGAAAAGCCAAACAUUUGGGGCCUCUAAGGAUUGCAAAAACUGUUUGCAGGUCCUAAACAGUAAGAGACAAGACUGAAAGAGAUUUAGGCACCAAAACUUGUACCUAAGGCAAAAGUCGGAUCAGGAGUGCAGCCUUCUCACCUGUUGUUUCAGAGGUCUUCGGUGUAGUUAAGAGAGCUAUAGGGACGAAGAAGCAGAGAAAUCGAUGAGGCGCCAGAAUUCUGCCAGAGUACAGGUAGAGGCACACUGAACUGCCUGAACGCUAACAGAUCAGAAGCCUGACAAGUGUCACAAGGAAUUCAUGAGCAAGGACUAGAAGAGAACGUGGCCAAAGGGAGUUCCUUCCAGACAGCAUAAUCAGAAUCCACUCAGUGAACUGCCCCCCACCCCAUUUCAAUGCCUGCCCUGAAAGAUUUGUCGUUGCUAUGGACCAGUGACUGCUGUGUGUCUCCAUUUUUUCUUGUCUAAGUGGGUAUUUUAUCCUGUCCGCCCUCCACCAUUAUAUAUGUGGUGCAGACAGCUUUUUGGUUUGUAGGUGGUAAGCCAUGAGGAGCCACUUUUGGCUUUGUAAGGAGGACUGUGUACCACCUGGAUGUAGCAAAUGGAUGGAUCUUUGGAGGAAUCAGGUAUGUUCUAUAUGUGAGAAGAAGGAUGUUCUUGGAGAUGCAGUGGUUUGGGGGAGGUGGAUAGCUGUCCACUACAGGUUCAUUUUCUGCAGACGUUCUUUUUCAGUGCAAGGAAUACAUUUCCUAGCCCUCUGUGUACCUAGGUGGGAUCAUGUGACAAGUUAUUGUCAAUUAAUAGGAUUAGAAGUGAUGUACUUCACUUCCAGGCCAAGGAGAUUACAAAGCAGCUGACCCGAUCUCCUCCCUCACUGCCCCAUCUUCCCGUCUCCCACUCCCAUGCUGAGGAUGCAGCAGGCUUCAGGGACCAACGUCAUCAGCAUCACCUGGAACUUGACAGAAAUGCACCCCAGCCCUGAGCUAGAGACUCAGAACUCUGGGGAUGCGACCCAUCAACCUGUGGUUCAGCAAACCCUCCAAGUGAUUCUGAGGACCAUUGCCUAUGACAGAUAAUGGAGCCCAGUCUCUAAGGAGCUUAGGUCCUUCUCUCCCCAAGGAAGAAAAUUGUCCUUGAGUCAGGAACACUUCUUUUGGGCUCUACCUGAGUGAAAAAUAAAGUUCUUUCAUGUUU